AUGACUCGCGAGUGCGAAAUGUUGCUGAAGAAGAUGCUCGUACUCAAUCCGGCUAAGCGAAUCUCGUUGACGGAAGUAAUGCGUGAUCCGUGGUUAAAUACUGGUUUCGAUGCUGUAUUGCGACCGUUCACAGAACCUCCAGCAGACUACUGUGAUCCCGAGCGAAUCGAAACCAUGGUUCGUCUAGGUUUCCAACGACACGAAAUCCAAGAAGCUUUAACUCAACAACGAUUCAACAAUAUUACAGCUACCUAUAUCCUUCUCUCGCGCUAUGAUCCGCAAGUGCACGGUCGUCUUCCUGGUCUGUCCAAUGGAGGCAGUCGAUCGAACAAAUCGGAAAGUCAUUCUCGGUCUCGUCAAUCCGAACUGUCCCCGGCGAGCGCGAACAAUGGUCCUCUGACUAGUGGCACACAUGGUACUCGUCCGUCCAGUGCAUUACCUGCCACAGCGCAUUCAGUUCCCCCGGUUGGCAGUCAUACGCGGAGAACAUCUUUCGCAUCUUCCAGGCCCACAGUCGAUACGGCCGGUAAAGAUCAAUCGAUUUCCGGAAUGCCAUCAGCCUCGUCGAUUGCUACCUCAACGACCACGGGUAAUGUCGCAGUCACCACGACUGUGACUACAACUGCUCCACUCUCCAUGACCCCGGUGACAGCUUCCGGCCCGAUCGCUGCAUGCGUGUCCACGGUGUCUAGUGCACAUCCAGCUCCAUCUGUACGACGAUCAGCAACCAUGGCCGAAUACGCGGAUCGCAAAUCCAACAGUCCAUCACAAAAUUUUGGUGGAAACUCGGGUGGUUUAUCGUUUGUCGCUCGAUCUCCACCACCCUCGAUGACCAAUCCUGCUUCCUAUUCCCCGCCACCUUCACAAGCUCCUCCUCAAGAGUUCCCGCCUCCCUCACACGCACCACCUGCGCAAGCCUCGGUGAUCAUUCAUCCAACUUCCGUCACUGCUCAUCUUACACUUAUCAAUCCUACGAACGGUCCCUCUUGUGUUGCACCUCCAUUGUCCAGUCAUUCACCGGCUGGUUCACCGGCUCCAAAUUCUGUUCAGCCGCAAUCUGUUCUGUCUCGAGUUCGUCCCUUACCUCGGAAACUGAGUUCACAAAGCCCGAGCUCAGUUGGACCAACCGCUCCACUGGCUCAGAGUGAAGAUGAUCCCACUUCUGGUGGAACACUUCGUUCCCCUGGUUGGUUAACCGCAAACACGAACAACAAAUCUUCGAUUGGAAAGUGCAAUGGUUCGGCCAACGGUCGUCGACACGACCCUGCGCGGACGGCGGUAAUGCAGAGCAGUUCAGAUGAUUCGCAGUCAGAUAGUGAUGUGUAUGAUCGAGAGUGGGGUUCUAGUGCAUCCAGCGAUUCUGAACACUCGGCAGCGGUGAGCAGUCGUCCCCGGGCGAAUCAUCAUUCGCACCACCGUCGUCAUCCUCGACCACGUCGAAGCAUACGACGUCGUACACCUACCGCGGAUUCACAACCGGGAGAACAACCGCCCGGUCCCUCGGUUGUGCUCGCAGCUGCACCUCACCCGGCCGGGACUUCACGGUCAAAUAGUAAACCUGGAUCCACUGGACCGGUCAUUCAAGAAGAUAAACAAGCGGUAAACGGUUCGUGUCGAGAGUCCAAUUUCACCCGAAUGCCGUCGGUGCGACGUCGGUCAAGUAUACGCAAUCGUGCCAACACCGCGUCGAUGCCCGCAGCCACUGGAAACAGUUCAAACGGUGAUCUAGGUUCGUCGGGAACCACGACCACUACCACUGCAACAGGAGCAACAACAUCAACUUGUGGUCAUCCGGGCAUCAAUGAUCCGUCAGGCUCGGAGACAGUCAAAACUACAGCCAGUCCAGUUAGUUCCCGUUUCGGACGCGGACCAAACGAGUCGAACUACGAGGGCAUCUUGUCUGGGAGUGGUGGAGACGCCACCAUCACUCCGAAAGACCAUCGGUAUCCAGUCAAUGUCGCUCCGAAACCCCGCGGCCUAUUCCGUGGUCCUCCGAACGCGGCAGACAUCCUAAGGUAA